UAUCAUCUUCACCUUAUUCAUUUUCUCUCCCCCAGGGUUCUUAGUUGCAGCUAAUAUCUCAACACUGAAUUAAUCAAAGACACAAAUUCAAACAAAGAUAUGUCAUCGCUGGGCACUUCCAAAGGCGUGCUGGAAGUCGCGAAAUUCGCGGUGUACGUAACGGUUCCGAUUGGACUCAUGUAUUUCUUCGCUAACAACACUCACAAUCUCCAGCGAUUCAUGGGCGCUCGUCAAUAUGUUGUGUAUCCACCAGAGGGAGAAAGGCCCCCAUCACCAGAGGAAAUAAGGGAAAUGGCUCGAGAAUUAGCCCGAAAGCGAGAUAGCCGUGAAUGAGUAUGCGGUGUAAGUAGAAUGUGCAGCUACUAGUUAUUUUGUUUGUACUUCAAAUAAUGUAAAAGUCUCUAUGGUUGCUGUUAAAAAGACAUACAUAACCAGUAAUAAGUGUCUGUAUGGAUUAAUUGUUCUGUUUCAUAUCUGUUAUAUCUAAUGUUGCCUUUGUUUACCA